AUGGCAGCCCGCAACACUCUCCGCCGUUCCCUCCUCUAUGUCCCAGGAUCCUCCCAGCGCUUUCUCGACAAGUCCCGCUCAUUAACAGCUGACUGCGUCGCCUAUGACUUGGAAGACAGUGUCACUCCGCACAUGAAAGCGGAGGCCCGCUCUCUGGUGCGGAGAGCAAUCGACCAAGCCGCGCCAUCGGGGAUCCGCGAACGCGCCGUACGAAUCAACUCCGUAGACAGCGGGCUCGCGCUGGGCGAUUUGACCGAAGUGCUCCAAUCGCCAAACUUGACAACAAUCGUCAUUCCAAAAGUCAACUCCGCUUCCGACCUGACCUUCGUCACAGACGUAGUAAACCACACCCUCUCGCAACAAUCACCGGCAGAGAGAACGCCGAUCUCGCUCCUGGCUUUGGUGGAGUCUGCUAAGUCCCUCACAAAUUUAACACAGAUCUGCGCCGCCUCGCCCUUAUUGCAAGGCUUGGUUUUCGCGGCUGAGGACUUCGCUUUGGAUCUAAGUAUCACACGGACACCAUCUCUGACAGAGUUCCUCUUCGCGCGGUCUGCUAUUGCAACGGCUGCGCGCGCGGCCGAACUCCCUUCGACAAUUGAUCUCGUUUGCACAGCGUACAAGUCUGAGAAGGGUGAUGGGUCGCCUCCUGCUGUGCUGCAGGAGGAGUGCCGCGAUGGUCGGCGGUUGGGAUUCAAUGGUAAGCAGUGUAUCCAUCCGUCGCAGGUGAAGGUUGCGGACCAGAUCUUUGGACCGGAUCCGGUGGAAACGGAGUGGGCUAUGCGGGUUGUUAUUGCAGAUGAGAAGGCUGCAAAAGCUGGGAGGGGAGCUUGGACGCUUGAUGGGAAGAUGAUCGAUGUUCCGGUUGCGCAUAAGGCUAGAGCUAUUGUUAAGAAGGCUCAGGCUUGUGGAGUUGAUGUUGACGCUUUGAGGGAGGAGUGGGAGCAUCAGGAGCCAGAGUAG